CUCAGUUUCCCCAAAAACCCCAAUCAAUUUCCAUUCCCCCGAAAUCCCCCCAAAAAAUGACUGAUUUCCUCCUCAAAUACCAAAAAACCUCCUAAAAAGAAUUCUAAACCUCAAAAGAACUUCUGCGCACAGCAGCUGCGCAGUGUUCCUCCGAGAGACGCCGAUAAAUGGCCAACGUCCGAUCGAUUCGCAUUUUUUUAUCUCGUUGAAACGAAAGUGAGAUGAUAAACCUCAAAAAUACUCCCCCAAAACAGACAGAAUAAUUCGCAAAAAAAAUCGUACAGCCGCAUCUUAAGGUGGACAAUCAAUCAGUGAACCCAUAAAUUGGUUGAAUAUUCGAGUGGUGGACAGUUGAGUGUCGGAAUUGUUGGGGAAGGGUCCCUGGGGGAGGCUGAUCGCCGAACGGAAGGUACGUGUCCCGCUCUUCUGGCACCUCCAGUCGAACGGUGUUCGGUGUGCCGCGAGUGUGUGUACCUCCGGGUGUCUGUCAUUGGGAAGGAAAAGCCGGUGUCUCUUGACAGUCGCAGAUAGCUGGGGGAGACCCGAGGAUGGCGGACACAAGUCAGCAGGAGCUCACAGAGCCUCACACAAAUGGCGUGAUGGACGGCCUGACGGAAGAGGAGAAAAGUAAGAUGAGACCAGCUGAUAUUGAAGCGGACGUGAGGGAGAUGGAGAGGAGACGAAGAGUCGAGAUGAUGAUGAACUCGAAAUUGUUCAGGGAAGAAUUGGAACGUAUCAUCGAGACACAGAUGAGCAAUGGCUCAGGACCCUCUGGCCUCUUGCAACAGAUUUCGGACAUGAUGGGAGCGCAGGGCAGUCGAUUCAACUCAAAUGUGUUCAAAAACUCCAACUGCGUGAUGCCAAUUAACGAUAUUCGAGGUGUAGAAAGCAUGGGCUACGCCAAAGGCGAGAAACUCCUCCGCUGCAAGUUGGCAGCUGUGUUCAGACUCCUGGAUCUCUACGGCUGGACCCAGGGUGUUGGAGGCCAGAUAACAGCCCGCCUAAAUCAGGACCAGCAGCACUACCUGGUGAAUCCAUACGGUCUCCUCUACCACGAGGUGACAGCCUCGAGUCUGGUUAAGGUCGACAUGCAGGGCCAGAUUGUCGAGCAGGGAACGACGAAUUUUGGUGUUCACAUUGGUGGUUUUCAGCUGCACUCAACGAUACACGCUGCCAGGCCAGAUAUCAAGUGUAUCAUUCACAUAACGACACCAUCAGUGACAGCAGUGUCUUCCUUGAAGGGUGGAAUCCUUCCAAUUGGCCAGGAGAGCAUUGUCAUUGGAGAGGUGUCAACGCACCAGUGGAUUGGAGAGGCUGUUGAGCCUGAGGAGAAGGAGAAAAUCGCCAGGAAUCUUGGACCCAUCAACAAGGUCAUGCUGCUGACGAAUAGAGGUGCUCUCUGCUGUGGGGAGACCAUUGAGGAGGCUUUCUAUAAUGUCUAUAAUACUGUGCUUGCCUGCGAGACUCAGUUGAAACUCAUGCCAGCUGGCCUUGAGAAUAUCUCACUCAUCUCUGAAGAAGCCAAGAAGGCCAUCUUCGAGGCGUCGAGGAGACAACCUGUCCCUCAUUACAGCACCAUCACUGAGCCACCUGCACUGGCUGAGAAACUCGAGAAACGCUGGAGAAUCGGCAGCACUGAGUUUGAGGCACUCAUGAGGAUGCUCGAUAAUGCUGGCUUCCGCACUGGGUAUAUUUACAGACAUCCACUUGUUAAGAGCGAACCGCCGAGACCCAGGAAUGAUGUCGAGGUGCCACCUGCUGUUUCUUCGCUUGGGUAUUUGCUGGAGGAGGAGGAGAAUUAUAGACAGGGACUCUGGAAGGGUGGACGCAAAGGAUUCGACAGAACACACUGGUUAAACUCACCGAACGUCUACCAGAAAGUUGAAAUCCUGGAGACUGGAACGCCAGAUCCCAAGAAAAUCACCAAGUGGGUGGAACAGAAUGCAGAGGAGUGGGUGUCCGAGGGAUCGCCAACUCACAGCAGCACACCAGUUAGGAUCGAUAGUGCACUACAGUUUGUACCGAAGAAUACAAAUCCGAGGGAGUUUAAGACACUUCAGCAACAGAUUAAGGACAACAGGAGAGCGGAUAAAAUAUCGGCAGGACCACAGUCACAUAUUCUUGAGGGGGUCUCGUGGGAGGAAGCUAAGAAAAUGCAGGAUGCCUCAAUCAGUGCAACCGGAGAAUCAGUGGUGCUCGUUGGAGCUGCCAGUAAAGGAAUAAUUCAGCGUGGAUUCCAGCACAAUGCAAUGGUGUACAAAACUCCCUAUGCCAAAAAUCCAUUCGACGCUGUUACGGAUCAGGAGCUUGAUCAAUACAAAAAAGAAGUUGCACGUAAGACAAAGGGUGAUCCCUACGAGGAAUCACAGUCUGAGUCAGAGGCCCUGUCGUCGUUCAAUAUUAGUCGAGCGACGCACGAAUCCAGCACUGCCAAAAGUCCCAUUCAGUCGCCAGUUUCAGUUACGUCUGAGACGGAAGAGGAGAGCAGAGAUGAACCACGUGUAUUGCGGAUAGAAAAGAAAAAAGUGCCUGCGCCAAGUCAACCGGAAGUUGUCCUGAGUGACGGAGAGACGCAUGGGCAUGCCAAGGUGGACGAUGCAAAUAGGACAGUAGCUGUUAGGGUGACGGAGGCACCACAGGUUCAACACAAGGGGAUUAAUGAUUUCUCAAAGCAUAAUUUCGAAGCUGAUGCAACGACCCAGUUCCUCAAUGAGAUGCGUCGCUGCGCGAUGGAACCGAGGAACGAGUCUGUGAGAAGAGAUAAUAAAUCGAGCACCAGUGACGAGGACGCUGCAGCACCCUGGUGGUCGCCCCUGUACCAAACCGGCCAAAUCCAAGUCAUCAGACUAGACCGAAUAGCUGAGCGUCAAAAGCCCCAAAUAACCUCGAUAACGAUCCCCAAGAGCCCCAUAAUAAUAAAGCACUCCUUAGUAAUUCCAAAAUUCAAGCCCAAGCCGUACAUAAAAGAUCGUUGUAAAUUCUUCAACGAGUACGACAAACGUUACAAGGAGUAUAAGACCCUGAGCAGUGAAAAUUUCAUUCGUUUCACGAGUAAGUCCCUGGAGGAGAGGAUCGAGAGCCUCUCCCCAGAGGCAAGCGUCCCCUUGACCUUCCCCGAGUCGUGCAAAGUCCUCCCCAAGAACCGCGGCUUCGUCAGGGAAAUCGCGAGACAAUUCUCCUCAACCGAAGCCCCCAGCGCCCCAGACAAUCGUCCCCCAAGCAGGAAGAGAUCAUCUCAGAAUGCUCUGCAGAUCAGCCCCAGCAGGGACUGCAUCACAAAGGUCCCCAGGCUCUCCCUCCCCCUGGUCCUCACCAUGGCCGACCUGGAGAGUCCCAGCCUGGUGAACACAAUCAUGAAGUUCACAGUCUCAAGACCCACAAAAAGCGAGGGCAACCCCCCCUCCGAGUGCCUCCCCUUCACUCGUGGAAUCCUCCCCACUGCCUCCCCCUUCCCCGAGAUGAUCGACACCCUCACCGAGGACUUGAGGCUCUCCAGCUCCUCAGAGCCCACGAACUCCUCUGUCAUCACAAUAGCGGAGCGAAUUUACCCCGAGGAAAUUAAACUCGAGGUGGAAUCCGACGAUGAGAAUGGAAACAGCUCAGACCCCCUGCCACGCUCCAAAAUAAAGCAAGAGCCAGAGGACUCGAGAGACCUCAACCUCUCCGACGAGAACGGCAACUCCUUGAAGGAGAACACCCCCCCAAUCCCCGAGUGCGCCAUGAAAGCCGAAGCAAACGACUGGAUAAACGAGACAGAAGAGGAGUUGAAGCUCUCCUUCGAGAAGGACAUGAGUGACGACUGUCCCUGGAGGUUCUCCUCUCCCCUCCCGAAGUUUUACAAUCGCGAGGACAGCAUGACGGAGGUCAUAAACACCCUCAACGUCAACCUGACGCCCUCGAAGAUGUCGUCCUUGAAUUACCUCCCAGACACCCACAACUCGAGGACCUGGAACCUGGAUCCAAAUCAGUUCAGCGUUAUGUACAGCCUCACCCCGACAGCUGACGUAGACGAGGACCCCAUCGAGGAGCACUUCAACUGUGGAAAAAAGAACUGCGAGAAGUGUUUGUACCCAGGAUACUCCCACGAGGGCUCGUUAAACCAGAGUUUCGAGGCGCCUGUUCAGCAGGAGCAGUUUUACUGGGAGGAGAUGCUGCCAAGUGCUGGACAGGAGGCUCCAGAGGGCCCAGUGAAGCCCACGACUCCCGUCGACUUGAAUCAGACAAUCGACCUCUUCGACAACUCCAUCGAUCUAGACACAGAACGAGACAUGUCUGCUGACUCCAUAGACCACGAGCAGUCAGUGGGUGGCUCUGACCUCCUGGAACUCCCGCACUCGACGUUCGUCGAACUCGAGAAGUCCCGGGACCAGGUCUUCCACGAGGACAUGGCCACCUCCGCAAACGAGGUGAUCGCAGGUCUGGGGGAGAGAGAGGCCCUGGUGAACGCCGAAGCAAUCGUUGACGACGUCCUCUCUGAUGUCGCCUGUCUCGACCUGAACGAGGAGUUCUCGACGGACUUGAGGACGAUCCUAGAGGCCAAAUUAACAGCCCUCAAAGUCGCCAAACACAUAAUCGAUGAGGUGAUGGACGAGAUGGGACUGGAGAUCAACCAGGAGUUGAGGGAGGAGCGGCAGAUUCGGGAGAUCGAGGAGAUCGUGGAGAGGACCAUCGAGGAGGACACCAUUGGCAAGGAGCCCAGGUUCAUCGUGAUUGGCGAACUGAUUCACCACAUCAUCGACAGGGUCUCGAGUGGCUCUGAGAGCCCCUCGGGAUCGUCUCCAGGGAGUUACAAUCUGAAGAGAACCAAGGAGAACGCUAACACUGAGAUUAAGGAGCUCGCCAACUCCAUGAACGAGGAGGCAGUCGCUUCGGUGACUCCGGACCUUCUGAAGCCGACGGUUGGGCUGGGAGAGUCCCCCCAGGAGGGGAGGAGGUCGCGGGAGUUGUUCAAGAGCUCCGAGAACCUCAUAAACGAGAUUAAAUCUAUUUUCAAUGAGAUUGACAUCGACGUCGAGAGCGAGGAGUCGAUGAGGGAGGAGCUGGAGCAGAUUGUGGCCUCCUGCUGCAUCGAUCAGAACGGGGAGGUCUUCUCGAGCGACAUGGAAGCCUUUCAGCAUUACGCGAAUCAGAUGCAGCUCAUUGCCAAAGCCAUCAUCUUCGAGGAGUCUCUGAACAAGAGUAAAUCGGAAACUCUCAACUCCAGCAGCUCGACCGAGAGUUCUCUCUACGCGAAUAAAUCAGAGAGUGUUAAAAAAUUCGUUGCCAAGUUCAAGGAGAUCACGAAGGGGAGGAAGACGUCCGUGGAGAGGAGUCCCAACAAGUCUGACGUCUUGGAGGCGUCAGACACCAAAAAAUCCGACGUCUCUGGGGAGAUGCGCAACAGGGAGUUAUCUCUGGACGUCGACGUCUCUGUCGAGAACACGAUAAACGUCAGCAGCCAGUCGGAUCAGUCGUCUCCGGAGAACGACACGAAGUCCGAUGACAGCAGGGAGAAGGUCGAGUUGACGAGGAAGAAGACACUGUCCGAUCUCAGCAGAGCUACUGAUCACGACGAGGAUCCACCGAGUGUUCACACGUCAGACGAAAAUUUUCUGAGCGAAGACUUUGAGAAGAACGUCGUCUACAUGUGGGACUUGAACGAAUCGGAGAGCGAGAGGAGCUUCAAUGAGAUCCGGGGGAAGGACGCGAGCUCCACUUUCGUGCAGUUCGACGAGAUCGACGAUCUUCCUGAGGAGGGGACUCACGAGGAGAAGGUGGUGAGUGUUCCUGGCUCUCCGAAGGUGUUUCAGUCUGAUCUGCUGACAAUUCCUGAGGACGAGGAACUCAAAUCUUCGAGUGUUGAGGGGGAGGAGGGGCAGAAGGACAGGACUCUGUCGCCAAUUCUCGAGGAUGAGGAGGUGAAAGCGUCGAGGGAUGAUCAAGCGGAUGGUAAAGGGCUGGGGGUUGAGGACUGCCUCGAGAGAGCUUCAGCUCUCACUCCAAUACCUGAGAUUAACGACUCGUUGGAGGAGGAGGAGGGGCUUAAGGCUGAUCAGUACCUCGAGGCAGGGCCUCCCAAUUCCCCGGAGAUAGCAGUGACUCCUGCUGAGGACCUGGAGAACGAGUCGGAGCACAGUGGACCCUCCUCGAGGACGGAUUUCUUCUCGUGCACUGGGGGGAACUCCACUCCCUUCCAAACUGGCCAAAGCAGCGCUGAUACCAGUGUCUACACGAAAAUGUCGUCAGAGUGUGGGGAUGAGCCCGGCGAGACUGGAUCAGCUCGUCUCAACAGCGAGCACGACACCUACACCAUCUCUGAGUGCGACUCUGACGACUGUAGGGAGACGGUUUAUCAAGGGGACGUCUCCUCAAAUUUGAGGAGAUCUGACUCGUUCUCAACGAUCAAUUUCCAUGAUAACACGAGUGUCAACUUGGCGGAUGUGUCUUCAGCGCUGGAGGAGCUGGAGUUAUCCAGGAUGAAUGAGGUUGAUGGGGUGGGGGGCAACAGGGACUUCGUCGUUAAAUGCCCAAUUUGCGAUAAUGUUGCGAUGAGUGGGAGGGGGGCAGGGGGUGCUGGGCUGGCGAUUCCCCAGUGCAGCUAUUGCUCGUCACAUUAUGAUAAGCAGGAUCAGCGAGUGCCUGAGGAAUCGGAAAGGGAAUUGAAUAAUCAGGUGGAGGAGCCUGACGACCCAGUGAAACGCUGUAAUAUUUGUUUGGUACUCCCGGUGUACAGAGAAACCACGAGCGUCGAUGGGGAAGAAGUCGUCCUAGAAGACUCUGAUGUUGUUGUGGAAAAGGUCCAAACUGCUUUGAAGAAUGACUCAACUGACGAAGAACUGGGGAAAUACGAUGUUUGCUUCAAAUGCCUGAUGAUUCUCUCGGUGGACACUAGGGAGUUCAUCCAGAUCGAGCGAAUGGUCUCCAGUGAGGAUCUCGAUUCUGCCUUGGUCACAUCACCAGCCCCCGCUGUCCCUGAUUACGAAGACACUACUCUAUGUAAAGUAAUCAAUACUAUGAAUUUAACAGAUGUUUCUGUCAACGAUCGUUCAACUCUUGAAGAGCCGCUGUGUUUUAUCAGAACACUCUUUGAAUAAUUCCGGAAUUGUUGGGAUCCUUUUUACCUCCAGAGAUGAUCAGCGUUUUUAAUUAUGAUUUCAAACGCUGGACUAGGGUUUAAUAUUUUUGAUAAAGCAUUUCUAUCACUCUUUUUUACGUUUUUAAACGUAGGAUCUAAUGUUUUCAUAUGCGGGACAAUGAAAAUACUGGCUCUCUUGAUGCGUUCACAAAGUGCUUUAUUUAGGAUAAAAUGAAUAAUCGUGGAUUAUUAUCAUGAUUAUUCAUCGAAUAUUAUUAAUUGUAAGGACGUUUUUAUGGUUUUCAUUGUUAAAUAGCUUUGUAUUAACUUGCAAUCGUACUAAUGAGAUUUAAAGAGUUGUCAAUUUACCAUUGAGUACAAUGAUCAUCACAGGCUGUGUUAUCACAUUGUAAAAAAUGUAAUGGUAAUCUCUACUCAUUGCAUUUGCAGCUUUACUCAUUCGUUGAGAAUAUUUCUUUUUUUAGUUUCUUACUUAUCUUCAUUUUUUUUCUCUUUAUCUCAGAGGAUCAAGGGACAGAUAUUACCAUUAUGUUUUGGCAUAAUCGUCAUUCUGGUCGACCUGAUAAUGUACAUAACUCAUUGCUUUUGUUGCAUAAUCAUAAAAUAAUGUGAUUAUUAAUUGGAGGAGAGUAGGGGAAAGGGCAUUUAAUGGAGACACUUUUAUUCAAGGGAUCAGAAGUUGAAGCUAAAAAGUCCUCUCUUUUAUAUCUACAUUAAUUAUUAUCACGUGCACUUGUUUAUUAUUUUUUCUUUUAUCACUGCAUCAUAAAAUCGGAAGUGAAGGAAUAAAUUAACAAUGGUCUUUCAUUCCAA